AUGAAACAUCAAACCAUCGCAAAACUUACCCUGUCCCCUGAGCAAUCAAGGCUUCUGGAAGAACUUAAAAAUUACUCGAGAACGACAACAGAGAAAGCGUUGUCACAUAUCAAUGAUGGCAGCGGUAGAAAAAGUCAACCAAGCGGCGCUCAUUGAACUAUUUCUACCCAGACAAAGGUUUGGGUCACCGUGAUCUUAAAUGGGAUGAAACAUUUAGAGGAGUUAGCCAACGAACAAAGUGGUGGAAAUUCACUUUUUCCCGGGGGGGGAGGCAAAGCCUUCUAAAUUUCCAACAAAACCUUCAAAUUUCCGACAAUCCCCAAGGCUGUUUUUAGCCAUCUUUGAGAUCAAAAUCUCCUAAAAUUCGUCAAUUUUUCGUAAAGAUGGAUGGGCGGUCGCCACCCCACCCUACCGAGCUACAAUCUUGUAUGUACAGUUCCGGUUGAAAACCUACAUGCGAUAGGUCACUUCAAGGACCAUUUUGCUACCGCUUUGCGGUACGCACAGAAUCUGGCGAACACCGUAUACGAAAGCAUUAAGCGUGUGGUUGUCUGGAGUGCCUACUACUACACCCACAGUGAAUCAAAUUAUCCUGUGCUGCGCCAGAGCACUCCUUUAAAUGCCAUUCCCAAACUAGACCAUCUCAAGGCUCAGAGGCAAUUGAAUCGGCGAGAAAAAGAGCUUAUGGUUGAGUGGGCGACAACAAACGAAAAAGUUGUACGGCAGAGAAGUGUGAAGCCUUUAUGUUUAAGGCCCCAUGGGACAUUGCCAUUGGACAUGCACAGGUCGUCAGACCAUCCAAAAGAUAAAGUGUCGUUUGACACUGAUGCGGUCGAAAAGGAGCCGGUUAUGCCUGUUAAGUCUGCUUCAACCAUAACGUCACACGAAAAAGACGAUGAAGUUGAGAUAAGAGUUGAAGAAGACGAGGAAGUCGAGGAAGACUACGACGCAGACGAUUCAGAUUUCGAUCAUGCUACGGUUGACAGUGGCGAAAGUAAUUCACUGGGCAGUUUAACGUUUCCUCGGAUCAUCAUUACUAUACACGUAGUGGACGAACGGUACGCAGGCGCGUAG